UAUUUUUGUGGAAAAUUGCAACAAAUUUUAUUUUUGAGUCAGGUGCAUUAAUUAUUGUAGUGGCAGGUGUGACAAAUUUGUUUGUCCAUAAUUAAUUAUGUAAUAGAUGGAUCCACCUGCAUGCUUAGUUGCUGCCAUUAAUUUUUUUUUUUGGGAUGGAAAUAUGACAUAAAUUUAAAACCUUUUUCAUUUAUUUAUAUUUAAAACCAUUAAUUUGCACCUCAACAUAUUUCAUGUUUUAGAAUUUAGAAUUUCAAAAAGCCCAUCGUUUUCGCUGUUGCCUUCACCAAAUCACAGGUAAAAUAAAUUAAAAAUAAGGUCAAUCUAUACAUCAAUAUCAAAUUGAUCUUGUUUUUCCUCAAACUUCAAUUCAUAUAACUUUUCAUCUCUCUCGAAAAAACGCCCCCCACGCCUAGAGAGAGAAAAUUGAUUGUUAUUUUAGUAUCAACCGCUCACAAAAUUGUUGUCACUAACAGUUUAAAAAUAUAUAUAUAAUCCCAGAUCAUCGAUUUGUAAACCGUUCUUCGCUUGCUACAUCUUCGAGGGUUUCGUUAUCAAUUCCUUUGAUUUAAUAUUGCAGAAAAAAAGGCGGUUUCUUUCUGUUAACUGAGGAUGAAAAAUGUUGAAUCUGAAAAGGGUUGGUUUGUGAUGUAAUAUGGCACUGUUGUUGGCUGCCAUCCAUAUAGAAGAUGCCGUUUUACAUUCGUCGCGAGGUUUCAAAGUUAUGGAAGAGAAUUUGUGCGGAGACCGCAACAGAAAUCAAUCUUCUAGCAGAAAAUUGGAAGUAUAUUUUAGGGGGUCUCAUCUUUCAGUACAUCCAUGGACUGGCUGCUCGAGGAGUUCAUUAUAUACAUCGAGCAGGACCAACACUUCAAGAUGUUGGCUUUUUCCUUCUUCCGGAGCUUGGGCAAGACAAAGCUUACAUUAGUGAAAUUGUAUUUACAUUCAUUUUCCUAUCUUUUGUCCUGUGGACUUUCCAUCCUUUCAUUUUGAAGGGCAAGAAAGUCUAUACUGUCCUGAUUUGGUGCAGGGUUUUGGCAUUCUUAGUCAUGAGUCAAUUUCUUCGGAUCAUAACAUUCUAUUCUACACAGCUGCCCGGUCCAAACUAUCAUUGUCGAGAGGGCUCAAAGCUAGCUAGGCUGCCUCCCCCUGAUAAUAUUCUAGAAGUUCUAAUAAUUAUUCCCAGGGGAGUGCUUUAUGGAUGUGGUGAUUUAAUAUUUUCAUCUCACAUGAUAUUUUCUCUGGUCUUUGUUCGGACAUACCAUAAAUACGGCACCAGAAGAUUAGUGAAGCAUUUUGCAUGGCUAAUUGUUGUGGUUCAGAGCUUUUUGAUAGUUGCAUCUCGUAAGCACUACACUGUCGAUGUAGUUGUCGCAUGGUACACUGUUAAUUUGGUGGUGUUCUUUGUAGACAAGAAGUUGCCAGAAUUGCCUGAUCGUCCCAGUGGAGGUGGGGCAUUUUUGCUGCCGUUGAGCAAAGAUAAUAAGGCUAAGGAAGAGAAUCACCACAAACUAGUCAAUGGAAAUUCUGGCGAUUCUGCUGACUGGAGGCCGAGAACUCAAAUCAACGGGAAGACUAUGGAACAAGGAAAUGUUGAAGCGGUUACUAUUGGUCCAUAAUCGAGACUCUCUCUCUCUCUCUGCUUAACACACACACAAACACACACACACACACACACACACACACACACACACAGAUUGUAACUCUGCUAUUCCAUACACAUAGCAAUGUAUAUAUUAAUUGAAUGUUUGGAUGGUUGAUGACAAGGACAAACUUCAUUUGCCCUUGUCGUCAUGUAUAUAUACAUAUACAUAUAUAUCUUAAUUAGCUUUGUCUGGAAAUCCUGGAA